CCUCCGAAAUCCUAUCAGUAAGUGGCGCUACUAUCGAUUUGAAAUUAUGGUUGGACUCCAUCUUCCUUUCGCCGACAACCUAUACGUAACGCGACGAGACAUAAAUGUUAUCAAAAAUGGCUAUGUUUUGGAAUCGUUUAGGACAGUUUGGGUUAGGUUUGACCGCGACUGGGUUUGUUGUUAAUAAUGCCUUGUACAAUGUCGAUGGUGGUCACAGAGCUGUUAUUUUUGAUAGAUUUACUGGAAUAAAGAAACAGGUUGUAGGGGAAGGAACUCAUUUCAUUAUUCCUUGGGUUCAGAGACCUAUCAUAUUUGACAUUCGAUCAAUGCCAAGAAAUAUUCCUGUAAUUACUGGAAGUAAAGAUCUACAAAAUGUAAACAUCACACUUCGUAUUCUCUACAGACCUGUACCAGACUCCUUGCCAAAAAUCUAUACUGUUCUUGGUAUAGAUUAUGCUGAAAGAGUAUUGCCUUCUAUUACUAAUGAAGUCCUAAAAGCAGUAGUUGCUCAAUUUGAUGCAGGAGAAUUAAUCACGCAGAGGGAGAGUGUCUCUCAAAAAGUUAGGGAAGAUUUAACAGAAAGAGCUUCUCAGUUUGGAUUAAUUUUAGAUGAUAUUUCUAUUACACACUUAACGUUUGGAAAAGAAUUUACUCAGGCUGUAGAAAUGAAACAAGUAGCACAGCAAGAUGCAGAGAAGGCCCGUUUCUUAGUAGAAAAAGCGGAACAACACAAGAAAGCUGCUAUCAUUAGCGCAGAGGGUGAUGCUCAAGCUGCCAGUUUAAUUGCAAAAUCCCUUGGCGAAGCAGGCGAUGGUUUAGUUGAACUUAGAAGAAUCGAAGCUGCAGAAGAUAUAGCCCAUAAUCUGUCUAGAUCUCGUCAAGUAGCUUAUUUGCCACCAGGUCAAAAUGUUUUAUUAAACUUACCACAGUAAAAAUAUGAACUCAAAUAAAAAUUAUAUACAUAAGCUAUGCAUUUAUAUUAUAAUGUAUGAGUUUAAUGCAUUAAUAGUGUACUAGUAACGGACAACUUUUAAUGUGCAUACAUGUUCCUAGACAUAAAUGAAGUAAUUUUUGUAGAAUUUUAAUUUACAUUCUUAAGUUUGUAAUUCUAUACAUGUUUCCCUUUCAGUUAUGUAAUAGUAACUUGACAAACUGAAAGCAUCUGUUAUUGUUAGCUAUGGGUCAGUUUAUUUUUCAGAAGAGGAGAUCAUUUUCCUUGUGGGUUUUCAAUAUCCUAAUAUGAAAUUUAAAAUGUGUGUAAUGCUUUUGAAUUUAAAUUUUUUUACAUCCAUGAGAUUAUUUCAUUUCAGGGUUAUUGGCUUACCAAUAAUGGACUCCGUACCUCAAACUGUACAUUCAUAGUAAUUAGUAAGCAAUGAUAGAGUUGUAUUUAUUUCAGUGUCAAGUAAUAAAAACCGAAUUUUUACAGGAAAUGUAUAACUUUUAGUGAACUGUAUGCUAUGAUACGGGAGAAUUGAACGCAUCUAUUGCGUAAUACUUAUAUACGUGGUGUAUUUGUGAAUACAUAGCUGUAAAUUAGUAAAUAUUCUGUAAAAGAUUUA